CCCAAUGACGUCACUGCACGGCGCCACAGAAAGAAAACAAACCAGCGAACAUGAUCCGAAUUUUUCACUAAUUAAUAUUUAGUAAUUUAAGUGAUGCGUAGUGUCAACAACAAGAAUGCGUUGGAGUUCAGUCUGACAGAACAAAAUGGUUUAUAACAGAAAGAUAAAGCUGCAAACACAAACAGCUCUUCGACGUUUUUAACCGCCAGCCUGGACUCUAUUGUUUUCUACCGACUGACUUCUGCUGUCGCUCAGUACAUCAGAAAGCUGAUCUCCAGUGCAUAAACCUCCUCCUUGUAAUUGCUGACCCUCUCCAUCAUGAGCCCUCGGGUGUGCAGGACCUGUGGGGGGUCCAACAUAGAUGUGGAUCAGGCUCGGGGCAGCGCGGUGUGUACCAGCUGUGGUUCGGUUCUGGAGGAUAACAUCAUCGUCUCCGAGGUCCAGUUUGUGGAGGGAAGUGGAGGAGUUUCCUCUGCUGUGGGACAGUUUGUCUCUGCUGAUGGUCCAGUCAAAGCUCCUCUUCUUGGUUCCGGUUUUCACACCGGUGUUGGUAAAGAGUCCAGAGCCCAGACCCUGCAGAGUGGUAAGCGUCAGAUCCAGCAGCUGGGCAGUCAGCUGCAGUUGAACCAGCACUGCUUGGACACAGCCUUCAACUUCUUCAAGAUGGUCGUCAGUAAACACCUGACCCGAGGACGUAAGACGGAGCAUGUCAUCGCCGCAUGUCUGUACCUGGUGUGUCGCACCGAGGGGACGCCGCACAUGCUGCUGGACCUGAGUGACUUGCUGCAGGUGAAUGUUUACAUCCUGGGAAAGACGUUCCUGCUGUUGGCCCGCGAGCUUUGCAUCAAUGCACCCGCCAUCGACCCGUGCCUCUAUAUCCCUCGGUUUGCUCACAUGUUGGAGUUUGGGGUACAGACUCAUGAGGUUUCCAUGACAGCUCUUCGUCUGGUUCAGAGGAUGAAGAGGGACUGGAUGCACACGGGACGUCGUCCCUCUGGUCUCUGUGGUGCAGCUCUCUUGGUGGCAGCUCGGAUGCACAAGUUUCGUCGUACAGUAAAGGAUGUGAUCAGUGUGGUGAAAGUGUGUCAGGCCACCCUGAGGAAGAGAUUAACAGAGUUUGAGGACACACCCACGAGUCAGCUGACCAUUGAUGAGUUCAUGAGAGUAGAUCUGGAGCAGGAGUGUGAUCCACCCUCCUUCACCGCUGCACAGCACAAGGUCAAGAUGCAGCAGCUGGAACACGAGCUGGCCAGGAAACUGGACGAGGUCGAAGGAGAGAUCAGCUGCUACAAAGACGAGAUUGAGACGGAGCUGGAGAAGAGUCGACCCAAAUUGAGAGGAAUCUACGCCGCCUACGCCAAAGAAAUUGACCCCGAGGACGUGGACGUUUUGUCCUCAACCUCUGAACCCAAGGAGCCGGCGGUUGAAGACAUGGAGCUCCCACAUCAACUGACCCAGGACUUCCUGUGUCAGGUGAUCCAGGAAGAGGAGGGGCGGGGUGUGUUGAUGAAUGACGGCAAGCGCGGCACAGUGCCAGAAAGCAAGGGGGCGAGGACUCACCAUCAGGUGGCCCCUUUGGCCGACAUCCUGGGGAAGCUGCCAAGCACCGCCAGCCGAGAACUCCAACAGACCUUCACCAUAUCAGAGACAGAUGGUCAGUCGGCCAGUGGAGAACUGGACCUGGACGGUAUCAGUGAUCAGGAGAUUGAUAAGUAUAUUCUGAAUGAGAAGGAGGUUCAGGUGAAGACGGAGCUGUGGAUAAAACAGAAUGCAGAGUACCUGAAAGAGCAGAAAGAGAGAGAAGACAGGAUCCAGAAAGAGAAGGAACAGGGGACGUACAAAGAGAAGAAGAAGAAGAAGAAGUGUAAGAAGAGAGAGCAGAUUGAGGCGUUGACGGCAGGCGAGGCGAUCGAGAAGAUGCUAGAGAAGAAGAAGAUCUCCACUAAGAUCAACUACGACGUCCUCAGAGACCUGAACAGCAGAGGGACAGGAAGUGGGGGUGGCAGUAGUCCCAGCAGAGCCUCCUCCGACCCCCUGGACCCCAACUCCACCACCCGGAAACCACUGAACCGCCACCGCCGCAGGAAGACCCGUGAGGCUAACCAAGGCCUCGCUGUAAACGCGAGCAUCAUGGGGAAGAGGUUCCGACGCCUCAUCUCAUCCACACCAAAGAAGAAGAAAACUGCCUCUGAGGUGGAAAACUCUGUCACCAUGGCAACAGAACCAACUACAACCGCAAAUGAUCCAAUUUCUGACCCUGAAGCAAUGGCUCCACCCACUGUGGUGGAGGAGGAGGAGGAAGAGGAGGACGAUCUGGAUGUGGAGGAGGAUUGUGUCAGUGCACUGCAGCUUAUAGAAGAUUAUGGCUGUGAUGCAGAGGAGGAGGAAGUCUUCUAGCUCUGUCCUGGUGACCACUGACCUUUUAAAGUUUUCGUCCUGUUUCUGUACAUCUGGAUUUAUUAUACUGAGGCAGUUUGACGGGUCAAUAACAAAUUUCAGUGAUCAAUUAAACAAGGCAAACUAUUAUGGAUAAACAUGCAAUAGUGUAUUUUUUUAAUCUGAUGCUUUUUUUGUUUUCAUUUAGAUCAAACAAAAGUUGAUGUGCUGUUUUUUAGAAACAUUUUAAUAAUUUUAAUUUGAAAGUUCUUCUUUAAUUGAUCACUGAUUAUUUAUAACACUGAGCUGCUCAUGUUGUUCGUAUGGUAGAAAAGUGAAGUUGUAGCCUAAAGUCAGGUGUUUGUGUAUUUUUAUAUGAUUUGUAUCAAUGUAAAAAUGAAACGUUUCUCACUCCACAUUCUAGAAAAUGAAAAUAUGACUUAAAUAAUUUUGAACGACAAAGACAUUAAGGUAGUUUUAUGAAUUAUGAGAAAGUUGUCUCCAGGUGACUCAGCUGUAUUUACUCACAGUUUGUGUUUCUGUGUGUGUGUGUGUGUGUGUAUUUGCAUGGAUUUGUUGACGAUUUCUUGCAAACUGAUGUGUGUAUAUCCUGGUGUUUUCAGACUGAACUUUGUCUUAAUGUAAAAAGUCCACAGUAAUAAUAAACUGAAAUGAGAAAACAAUGACGUUCCCUCAGAGGAUAAAAAAAAAAAUCUAAAUGACUUUUUUGCUGCUUUGUUCAAUGUAAAUACAACAAACCUCACACUAACCUAAUGCCUUUGUCCUUCAAACACAGUAACACAAAGGUUCAAGUCCAGUGAGCUGCAAACAGGAAGCUGCUGGAUUUUAAAGGAAUAAUUCAACAAGUUUGUGCUUCACAGAACUUUGAUAAAUCAGUGACUUAAGGGAAAAGCUACCUGAUGACCCAAAUAGAACAG